AUGAUUGUUGAGUAAUAAAGAAAUAAGGUGAAAGAGUGUCUUUAAGGAGUAUAAUAAGAGUUAGAUGUAAUAUAAGAAUAUCAUUAUUAGUUAUCUUUCAGCAGAAUUGAUAAUUUUCUUGAUUAACUUGCUAUUCCUACUUAUCCAUCACUUCUUCAAAAUAUUGUUAAUCAUACUCCAAAAUUUCAUUAAAUAUCAUUGUCUUCUAUACAAAACUUUGCUCAAUCAUUAAUUCAACAAAUUAAACCUAUUAUUAUCACUAUUAAUUAACAGUAUCAAUCAAAUCAACAUUAGUUAGUUCAACAGGAGAAUCAUCAAUAAUCAAAUUCUAAACCAUUCACUUAUGAUUUAAUUCAUAAUCAUUCAAUUCAAUAAACUGAAUAUUGUUUUGCAAUUGCUAUUAAUAAUGAUAAUUCAAUUGUAUUAGCAGGGUGUAAUAGUACUAUAAAAGUAUUUGAAUUUAAAUAAGAAUAAUUGUAACUAACUCAACUUCUUAGUGAACAUCAAAAUGAUGUUUUAACUUUAAAUUUUAUGAAGAAAUCGUCUCAAUUUAUAUCUGGGAGUCGUGAUAAAUAGAUGAUAAUAUGGUCUAUGAACUCAAAUAAUUAAUGGAUCUGUUCAUAGAAAUUGAAUGAACAUCAGUCUUAGAUUAAUUGUUUAAUUUUGAAUAAUAAUGAAGAUCUUAUUAUAUCAGGAAGUAGUGAUAAAACUAUUAAAUUUUGGAUAAAGAAUAAUUAAUGGACGUGUUCACAAACUAUUUCAGAUCAUACAAAUUAUGUAUAUGGAUUAAGUUUGAAUGAGAAAUAGAAUAGAGUGGUAUCUUGUGGAGUAGAUAAAUUAAUAAAAAUAAUAGAAGACUCAUUUUAAAAAUGGAAUGUUAUAUAAAAGAUAACAGUUGAGCAGUAUGGUUUUAGAAUAUGCUUCAUCAAUGAUUAUGUAUUCACAUUUCAACCUUAUAAUUAAGAGUAUAUACAUGUUUACGAGAUAAAUAGUAGUAAUUAAUAGUAUUCAAAGACAAAACAAAUUGAUGUGAAAAGUGAUUCCGAUGCUUGUGAUUGUUUGUUUCCUUAAUAAUAUCUUAAAUCUAAAUGCUUACUUGUGAAUAAGAAUGGAAGGAAUGUUAAUUUGAUAAGGAAAAAUUAAAAUGGUCAUUUUAUCACAUAAUAAUCUAUUCAAUUGGGGCAUCGUAUUAUGUAUGGUUAGAUGAGUGAAAAUGGAGACUAUUUGGUUACUUGGGAUAAUUAAUCUAGGGAAAUUUAAAUUAGGAAAUAUCAUUGA